CAUUUCUCCGUGACGUAUGCACGGGAAAUGGCCACGCAAGCGAGCGGAAUCAUAACACAGCAUCUGAAGUGUCUUUACUCACCCCGAUAUCGCUUAAUUUGAGCCAUUUAAUUUCACUUUCUCCAUGGCGGCUUCUUCUAAAUAUGUCCGAGAAGCGGCAGUUACGGAAUAAAUUAAAUAUUUGUCUCGCGGCGCUGUAAAAACAUGUUGCUGGUCGCUGUGAAAGCUAACAACCAGCAGCAGGAACUAGCUAGCAAACGGCUGUUCGGCUGUGAUGUCUGUCACUGUGCAAAAUGACAAGAAGACGAGCAAAACAGUGAACGGGUUAGCUAACAGCAUGUGACACACAGGCUCAAAACACAGCUGGUUUCAAAGAUGCCUCGACUGGAAGAGUUGGCCAACGUUGCCCUCAGGGUGCCGAGCAUACUGGUGCUGGACCUGCUGUAUAAAUGUGACAUUGAAGGUUUGACGGAUCACCUCAAGGCCAAAAAUGAAGACAUGCUCUUCAAAUACAAGUAUGUCAUCUGGAACAUGUACUACGUUGGUCAUCUGAUAAAUGUGGUGGUUUUGGUUCUGCCACUGAGGCACAUUGUGACGCUCUACCUCCAUAUCCUCGCUGCCCUCCUCCUCUACAUGGGGCAUCAGAUUUCCAAGGAUUAUGUUCGUGAGGAGCUGCAGUACGGUUAUGAAGGAGCAGUGUACCUUGAUUCUCUGGCCUUCAAUAGAUUUGUCUCUGCAAUGACUAGUCAGAUUAUUCUCAGCACGCUGUGUGCCUUCCUGAUGAAGACCAGGAAGGUGUGGUUGUUUUCUGCUCACAUGCUCCCCCUGCUGGCCAGACUCUUCGCUGCUCCUCACGCCACCCUGUUAACAGUCAACACGUUCUCCAUGGGACUGACUGGAGCAGGAAUCACCGUAUUCCUCCUCUCGCAUCUCUUUCUGCCAUAUCGUCUCGUGAGGGCUGCCUACUCAGAGCUGCUGCAACUGGAGGUGAUUGAGCUGUACAGACUUCUGGCUGUGGGAAUCUCUUUGUGGAACCAGUUUGCCGUCCCAGUGCUCUUCAGUGUCUUCUGGUUUGUGCUGUUCAUCGUCCAGCUGUGCUCAGAUGCCAUGUCUAGCAGUGCUUCAGCAGGCCAUCAGGGAAUCAUGUUCUUCCUGCUCACAAGUGUCUCUGAAUGUUGUGCCACUCCGUACUCUCUUUUGGGUCUGACCUUCGUGGUGUCCUAUCUCGCUCUUGGACUGCUCAACCUAUGCAAGUUCUACCUGGGAGGUUACGCAGCUGUUCAGAAUGAGAAUGUCAUGCACAGAGGUGUAACUGAGGGCGUCACGCUUCUUCUCCUCGCUCUUCAGACUGGCCUGUUAGACAUGCAGGCACUGCAGCGCACCUUCCUCCUCAGCAUCAUCCUCUUCAUCGUGGUGACUUCAACCCUGCAGUCCAUGAUCGAGAUAACAGAUCCAGUUAUUCUGGCUCUGGGUGCAUCACGCAACAGGAGUGUGUGGAAACACUUCCGUGGCCUCAGCAUGUGUCUGCUUCUGCUGGUUUUUCCAGUUUUCAUGGCUUAUAAAAUCUCACAGUUCUUCCACAUGGACUUCUGGCUUCUUAUAUUGGUGUCCAGCUGCAUGUUGACUUCUCUCCAGGUUACCGGCACUAUGCUGAUCUACUCCCUCUUCAUGGUGGAGCUGUUUCGUCGCGACCCGAUCGAGAGCCUGGAUGAGGUGAUCUACUGGGUGAACGCUGUUAGCAGGGUGCUGGAGUUUGUGGUGGCACUCUGCGUGGUGGCAUACGGCACCUGGGAGUCUCUGUUCGGGGAGUGGAGCUGGAUGGGCGCCUCUGUCAUCAUCAUCCACUCGUACUUCAAUGUGUGGCUCCGGGCUCAGUCUGGCUGGAGGAGCUUCCUGCUCAGACAGGAAGCAGCAAAGAAGAUUAACUCCCUCCCCAGAGCCACAGCACAACAGCUGCAAGAACACAACGACGUCUGCUCCAUCUGCUUCCAGGAAAUGAGCUCUGCUGUGAUCACAUACUGCGGACAUUUCUUCCAUGGCAACUGCCUCCGCAAGUGGCUGUACGUGCAGGAGACCUGCCCCAUGUGCCACCAAACGGUCAGACCCACGCCAUCGGGUCAGAGCCAGGCUUCAGGCGACGCACCGGAAGCUCCAGCUCAUAGAGACGCAGGGCCAGAUCCGGCUGCACAAGAGGGAGAUCAGAAUCAGAACCACGACACGUCCCAAGAGACGCAGAGCGAGAGCGAGGCUGUUACUCCUGAUCCCAGCGAGCAGCAGGAUCAGACGGGAAGAUUUGAAGAUGGGGAUUGUGAGAGAGAGGACAAAGCUAAUGGAGAAGCUGCUGAAGGGCUUCGCUUCAGCUCCAGUGGAGAUUUUGUUGGAUUUGUCAGCCCAGUGUCAAGCUCCUCUUUAGAGGGCGUUUCUAGUGAAACUUUUCCUCCUUACGUUCAAGGUGAGGAGAGCGGCAAAGACCCUCCUCUGCCAUCGACUCUUAAUGCUGUGAAUGAGAACACAGCGGAGAACCAAUCUGACUCUAACGGAGCAGAAUUUAACGUUACUUCUUGUCCGAGAGUGCCACAAAAAGGUGACAGGAUACCGAAAUCAUGGAACAGCCUGAGUUCACCUGAAUCACAGAUUACCAAUACAAAUCUUGAGGCAUCUGGUUUCAGCCUCGAUAGCCAAACAUCUUUCAAAUCAUGUAACUCAGAACUCUUAGACUGCAAUGAUGACCCUCAGAUUCAUAAAGGUAACGGCACAUAUUCAGACGCGGACCUUGAUGGGCUCGAGGAGGCCGAGACCAGUGACGACAGAGACUGACUGCCCUGCAUCAGUGCCUUGAAGGAGUUAAAAAAAAAAAGGGUAAUCCUCCAUACAUGGGAAUAAAAAGCACAUUUGCCUUUUCUCUGUGUACCAAUAGAAAAAUAAUUGUAUCUUUAACCAGACAGUGUACCGAAUGUGCUUCAGUGAGCAGAUAACGAGCAUCUGGAUUGAAUUAUAAGACUAAAUCGUGUUAAAUGACACUUAUUGUACAACUGUAAAGAAAUUGUAAAAAAAUAUAAUUCAUAGAAAUUAUGUGUAACUAUGAAGCAGUCAUGUUGCAUCAAUAUUCACCUAAUUCUAACAGGUUACAGGUAAAGAUGUUUACUUAGAGAAUUAGGUGAUAUUUGAUUUAUUUUCAUUUUUAUUUGUCCAGUGUCCUGGUCGCUCUCUUGUUUAGCUUUUUUGUGAAAACAGCGUGGAGGGGGAAAAAAAGGAAAAGCUUCAGCAGUUGUCUUUGUUAUUCAUGAAUCAGCCUUUUGUACUGCUAAGGUUCUCUGUCGGUUCUCUGUCCCCCCCUCCCCAGUAUUAAAUUACUGCUGUGAACAUUUUUUUUUUCUUUCUGUAGUUUUUAUAUUAAUUAAUAAAGCCGUGGCAGGUGCACAGUGACGUUGUCAUCGUGUGCCGCAUCUCUGAAGUCUAAACAGAACUUUACCUCUGUAGCCUCGAGAUAUGAGAGGCCAGAUUAAACUUUUUGGCUCACAUG